GCCCCCCGGAUGCCCGCAGCCGCCGGGCUCUGCAGCGCCGCAGCCCCGGCCCGGCCGGCCCGCCGCGGGCCCCGGCUCGCCAGGGCGCAGCGACGAUGGGAGGGUCGCAGUCCCUGCAGCCAGUGCCCACCAGCGACCUGAGCCUGGAGGCUUCCGAGGCCAUGAGUUCUGACUCUGAAGAAGCGUUUGAGACCCCGGAGUCCACGACCCCCGUCAAGACUCCACCUGCCCCACCCCCGCCACCGCCGGAGGUGGUGCCGGAGCCUGAGGUCAGCACACAGCCGGCCCCGGAGGAACCAGGAUGCCCUGCUGAGCCCCCGCCCGCCGCCCCCCCCGCCGCCGACGGCCCCCGCUGCAGCUCGGUGGAAGGCAGCCCCUUCCGGCCCCCCGCACACUCCUCCUCGGCCGUCUUCGACGAGGACAAGCCCAUCGCCAGCAGCGGCACCUACAACCUGGACUUCGACAGCAUCGAGCUGGUGGACCACUUCCAGGGCGCAGAGCCACGCGCGGCGGACCCCAGGGGCCCGGAGGGCAAGGCGGGCGCGCGGCGGAAGUCCUCCGACUCCGUGCCCCUGGCCAAGGCCACCUUGUCGCGCUCGCUCAGCCUGCAGGCCGGCGACUUCGAUGGUGCCUCUUGCUCCGACGGCGCCGAGACCCCGGCCCCCGAGGCCUCGAGCACCGGCGGUGCGUCCAGCACCCUCAAGCGAACUAAAAAGCCCAGGCCGCCGUCCUUAAAGAAGAAACCCGCCUCCAAGAAGCCCACGGACACCCCCCCGCUGAGGGAGACCCCGCCAGGGCCGGCCGAAGAGCUCCCGGCGCCCGGGGAGGAGAGCUCGGCCCCCGACGCGAACGUGGAGUCAGCCAAGACGGAAGACCCCGCGCCAGCCUUCGCAGACGAGGCCCCCCCGGAGCCCGCCGACGUGCCCCCGGCCGCCUGCCCUCUGGACGCCGAGCGCCCCGACGAGGCCGGCCCCCCUCCCUCUGGGGGAGGCCGGGUGCAGAACUCGCCCCCCGUGGGCAGGAAGCUGCCACCACCUCCGGCCGCCGCCCCAGAAGCCGAGGCGGAGACCCCAGCAGCAGAGAGUGGGGGUCCCGAGGACCCCCCGGCUAAGGGCCUCUCUGUGAGGCUGGAGUUUGACUAUUCCGAGGACAAGGGGAGCUGGGACAGCCAGCAGGAAAACCCCCCUCCCACCAAAAAGCUCGGCAAAAAGCCGGUCGCCAAAAUGCCCCUGAGGAGGCCCAAGAUGAAGAAGCCCCCCGAGAAGGUGGACGUGGCCCCCGCCGCCACCGCCGAGAAGGCGGACGCCGCGCCCGCCUCGCCCACCCCUGCCUCGCCCAGCGACAUCCCCGUGGCCAAAGGUACUUACACCUUUGACAUCGACAAGUGGGAUGACCCCAACUUUAACCCUUUCUCUUCCACCUCGAAAAUGCAGGAGUCCCCCAAGCUGCCCCAGCAGUCCUAUAGCUUUGCCCCUGACCCCUGUGAGGAGGCCGCGGACCCUCUUAAGCCUCCCUCCAAGCCCCCCGGCUCGCCCUCGAAGACCCCAGCCUCGUUUGAGAUCCCGGCGAGCGGUGGGGAUGCCAAUGGUGUGGACGGGGAUGGGCUGAACAAGCCCGCCAAGAAGAAGAAGACGCCCCUGAAGACGAUGGUUGAAGAUGUGAUGUCUGUCUGUUCUCUGUUUGACACAUUUAGGGUGAAAAAGUCGCCAAAACGGUCUCCUCUGUCUGACUCGCCUUCUCAGGACCCCACACCGGCGGGCACCCCAGAAGCACCCCCCGUCAUCUCUGCGGUGGUCCACGCCACCGACGAGGAGAAGCUGGCCGUCACCCACCAGAAGUGGACGUGCGUGACGGUGGAGCUGGACGCAGACAAGCAGGACUACCCGCAGCCCUCGGACCUGUCCACGUUUGUGAACGAGACCAAGUUCGAAUCCCCCUCGGAGGGUAAGCACCGCCGCGGCUGGCCCGGCCCGGCCCCGGCCCCAGCCCCGGAGGGCACCGCUAGGGAGCCACAGGCCCGGAGGGGCCCCACCCAGCCAGAGCUGGAUUACAGAAACUCCUACGAGAUCGAGUACAUGGAGAAGAUCGGCUCCUCCUUACCUCAGGACGACGACGCCCCCAAGAAGCAGGCCUUGUACCUUAUGUUUGACGCGUCUCAGGAGAGCCUGGUCAAGCCCCCCGCCGUGCGGAUGUCCGAGCCCCCUACGCCGUGCUCAGGGUCCAGUUUUGAGGAGACGGAAGCGCUGGUGAACGCCGGGGCGAAGGUCCAGCAGCCGGUGGCCCGAGCGCUGCCCCCCGGGCAGGAGCCCCACCUGCAGGUGCCCGACAAGCCCUCCCAGAAGGAGCUGGAGGCCAUGGCGCUGGGCGGCGCCUCGGAGGCCAUGGAAACUACGGCUCCCGAGGGCGCCUUUGCCUCUGCUGACGCGCUCCUCAGCAGGCUGGCCCACCCCGCCUCUCUCUGUGGCGCGCUUGACUAUCUGGAACCCGACCUAGCAGAAAAGAACCCCCCAGUCUUUGCUCAGAAACUGCAGAGGGAGGCUGCCCACCCCUCAGACGUCUCCAUCUCCAAGACGGCCUUGUACUCCCGCCUCGGGACUGCAGAGGUGGACAAGCCGGCGGGCCUGCUCUUCCCGCAGCCGGACCUGGACUCGGCGCUCCAGAUGGCCAGGGCAGAGAUCCUAACCAAGGAGAGAGAGGUCUCUGAAUGGAAGGAGAAGUAUGAAGAAAGCCGGCGGGAAGUGAUGGAAAUGAGGAAGAUCGUGGCUGAGUAUGAGAAGACAAUCGCUCAGAUGAUCGACGACGAGCAGCAGGAGAAGUCGGUGUCCCGGCAGACAGUGCAGCAGCUGGUGCUGGAGAAGGAGCAGGCGCUGGCCGACCUCAACUCGGUGGAGAAGUCCCUGGCCGACCUCUUCCGCCGCUACGAGAAGAUGAAGGAGGUCCUGGAGGGCUUCCGCAAGAACGAAGAGGUGCUGAAAAAGUGCGCCCAGGAGUACCUGUCGCGGGUCAAGAAGGAGGAGCAGCGCUACCAGGCCCUGAAGGUGCACGCCGAGGAGAAGCUGGACAGGGCCAACGCCGAGAUCGCGCAGGUGCGGGGCAAGGCCCAGCAGGAGCAGGCCGCCUACCAGGCCAGCCUGCGCAAGGAGCAGCUGCGGGUGGACGCCCUGGAGAGGACCCUGGAGCAGAAGAACAAAGAGAUCGAAGAGCUCACCAAGAUCUGCGACGAGCUAAUCGCCAAGAUGGGCAAAAGCUAACUCUGGCGCUGGGGUCGGGACUGGAGAGUCGGGCAGUGGACACGCCGGCCACCGCACCGCCACCAGCCUCGGCGGGCGCCCCUCCGUGUGUACUACUGUUCCUCCCCGCAGCCGCCCCGGCGACGGCCCCGAGUGCUCGCGGGCGGCUGGCGUCUCCCGGGUCCCCUUCGGAGCAGGCGGCCGCGGGGCUCCCUGGGGAGAGGCUCCCCCGGGACACACCUCGCCGCUGGACCUUGCCCGCCCUCCGUCCACGAGUUCCCGGGCGAGAAGCUUCUGGAUGUCACACCCCCACGGACAGCCGGCUCGGGACUCUUGCCUUAAGGACUGUGCACUUGAUCUGCAUUCACUGAUUUGUUAAAAAAAAAAUACAAAACGCAAACGCAUGUUUCCAAUAAAAUUCUCUAUUGUAAAUAAACGUUUUUUCUUUGGAUCUUG